AUUGUUGUUUGAUACAAAUAAUAAUAAUAAUAAUAGCUUUUACUGUUAAUUACUUUACUUCUUUAAUCACCAAUGUCAUUGUAAAUUUGUGUGCGAUAACUUUUAUAGCACUCACAAUCAGUACAAGGUGUCGAAGGAGGAAUUCAUUAUUAGUAUCUGCUUUCUCGUGUAUAGAGAAGACUCGCAUAAUAAAGUACAUAUUAGAAAUAUAGACGUAUCUCUCUUUGUAUAAGUAGUUGGGUAUAUUUUCGGAAUGUUAACUAUUGUGUAUUUUUAUUUUCUGUUAUUUAUUGUGACAACGGCAAUGUGCGUCAAAGUAAAUUUGUCGUGUUCUUGCCGCCAGCCGGAUUCAAAAUUUGCGACUGGUGUCAAUCUUAUUUAUUAUAAGUGCAAUAAUCAAACUCCUGCAACGAUCGUUUGCCCCAUCACAGCUCCAGAAGGAUUAUUAAAAGUGUUAGAAAAUAAGCGAACAAUAUUUUAUGUAUUUGGAUUUGGACAAACCCCGGAAAAGGCAAAUGUUAAGUUAAUAAUGGAAGCAUUCUGUUAUAAAAGAACGGACAAUGUCGUGUUACUCGAUUGGAGUAAAUAUUCUACAAGCACUUACUGGAAUGCAUUUCGAAACGGCGAAAAAGUAGGCAGUUUAUUUGCUAGAAGUAUACGACUGCUUGUUAAUAGUGGCCUCAAUGUAUCAAAGAUUUAUAUUGUCGCGCACUCCUUGGGUGUUCACAUAGCUGGUUUUGCUGGUAAAUGUAAUAACUUCGUGAUACCUCGUAUUACAGGAUUAGAUCCUGCAAAUCCUGCGUUUUAUCCUUUGGGAUGCUAUCUUAAAUCUACAGAUGGCAUCGAUAUCAUUUAUACGGAUAUGGGAAAAUAUAGCACUUUUGCACGUAUAGGAACAGCAAAUUAUUACGCAAACGGUGGUACUCGUCCUCAGCCUGGUUGCAUGCUUCAUGGCUUACCAUUAAGUCAGACUGAUCUUUGCAGUCAUCAAAGAUCAGUCAAACUGUAUGCAGAAUCGAAACGUCAUCCUACAAAAUUUAUUGCGGCACAGUGUUCUUCCUAUGUUAAUUAUAUAAAAAAUAAAUGCAAAAAUAAUCUGCAGACUAACGUUGAAUAUGCUGCACCGAAUGUGUAAGACGAUAAUUAAUAUUUUAUUUGUUUGUUAUCCUAGUAUAAGCAUUUCUUUGAAAUUUAUUUUUAUAAUAACAAAAAUAAUGGACAAUUUCUUACAGACGCGGAUUAUUUUAUUUCCGUACAGGAUCUUUAUAAUGAGAAUUACUUUUCUGCCAACACUAGACGUGAA